CCAAUAUGUCGUGUAGUCAAUGAAGGUGGUAUUGAUAGUGCUAAAGAUGCACGUGCCGGUGCUGAACAACUAGUACAAAAUGCCCAGCAACACGUCGAUAGUUACCGUCAACAAUUGUCAUCUCUUCAAGGUCAAAAAUCAACUUUGGACUCACAACUAUCUGAAUUACAAACACAAUUACAAGUCCUGCAAUCAGCACUCGUCAUUCUUCAAGAUGAAAGUAAUUCAACGGCUACAGUCAACUAUCAAUUGAAACGUGUAAUUGGUCAUAUUACAAGUUGUGCAGGAAAACGCUGA